AUGGAGGUGGUGAUACAGCAACAAAGGUCCUUGGCCGAGACACCAACUUAUUCAGUGGCUUCGGUUGUUACGGUUAUGGUGUUUGUGUGCCUUCUGGUUGAAAGGUCAAUCUACAGAUUUGGAAGGUGGUUAAAGAAGACUAGGAGGAAAGCUCUAUUUGCUUCUCUGGAGAAAAUUAAGGAAGAGCUGAUGCUGCUCGGGCUAAUAUCUUUGUUGUUGGCGCAAUCAGCAAGGUGGAUCUCUGAGAUUUGUGUAAAUUCUUCUCUUUUCACCAGUCAAUUUUAUAUCUGUUCUGAGAGAGAUUACAGCACCAAGGAGAAUGCCAUGCUAGAAAGUUCUUCUCCUAACAAGACUGAAAUUCCAAGAGGAUUAAAUAACUUUUCUCAUCAUGUGGGCCAUGAACCAUUUGUUUCAUAUGAGGGACUGGAGCAGCUGCAUCGUUUCUUGUUUGUACUUGGGAUCACCCAUGUGUUGUAUAGUUGUUUGGCUGUUGCCUUGGCUAUGAGCAAGAUUUACAGUUGGAGGAAAUGGGAAAAUCUAGAUGGUCCAGUGGCUGAUACCAAUUUGCAAGGCUUGUUAUGCUGGUAA